AUGGCUUUUCCGUGCCCGACUUUUAGAAAAGGGGACCCAGAGUAUGAACAGACUAGGUGCAAUGCUGUUUGGAAUGGUCACAAGCCUGAACGAUAUCCUGAUAUCAUUAUCCAAGUCAAUACAGAGGAAGAUGUGGUCGCCGCAGUCAAAUAUGCUUGGGGCGAAGGGAUGAAGAUUGGAGUUCGUUCAGGCGGGCACUCUUGGACGGCAAGUUUCUUACGUGACGCAGGCAUGUUAAUUGAUGUUUCCAAACUCAAUGGAAUCGCAGUGGACCCUAAGGCUGGGACUGCGGUUGUAGGUCCUGGGACACAUGGUGGUGACCUUAACGGAAAGCUUCAGCCACAUGGUUAUAUGUUUCCAGGUGGCCAUUGCCCUACCGUCGGCUUGGGGGGAUAUCUUCUUCAGGGCGGUUUUGGUUGGAAUUCCCGGCUCUACGGCCUCGGAUGCGAAAGCGUCAUUGCGGUUGAUGUGGUACUUCCAGAUGGAACUCUGGUACAUGCCGAUGCAGACAAUUACUCCGACCUUUAUUGGGCAGCACGAGGUGCGGGACAUGGCUUCUUUGGUGUGGUGACACAUUUUCAUCUUCGUUGUCACCCUCUUCCCAAGGCUAUAAUGAACAGUCGCUUCUGGUUCUCAGUGGAUCACCUAGAUGAAUUGAUUUCAACUCUAGAUGACGCACAUGAGUUGUUUCCCAGGUUCCUUGAGCUCUUCCUACUCAUUGGUCAUGAUCAAGAGGGUACUCCUGGAUUAUCUGCUCAUGUACGAGCCGACGUUCUUGCCACAAGCGAUUCGGAUGCUCGACAGGCCCUGAGCAAUCUCCAUGGGCUACCUAUAUUCGCAAAAGCUAGGAAGACGGACCUGUUCCGUGUCUUGGAUCUGUCAAUUCUCCUUGACGAUGUCGGGGAGCUGCUUGAGGUCGGUAAUGCGGAGUUUGUUGUAGACAACACCUGGAUGAAUGAGCCAGUUCGCAAUGUGCUACCACAAAUACAUGAUAUAGUGGACAAAUUAGGCCCGGCCCCAGCGCAUCUGAGCUUUCAGUACUGGAACAGGAACGGCAGGCCCAUACCCGACAUGGCGCAUUCAUUGGAGGGGAAAGUGUAUAUUAGCCAUCUUGCCAUCUACGUGGACCCAAAGGAUUACGAAAAGUGGGCAAGGAUAGUUCCUGCUGGCAUUGGUCGCCUGGCAAAGAAAGGAGUAGGUUCGCAACUCGCGGACGAGAACUUGCUGAGGCGACCAACUCGGUUCAUGUCACCCGCAAACUUCCUUCGUCUGGAGAAGAUUCGACGAAAAUAUGAUCCAACUCGGAGAUUCCAUGGAUUUAUGGCUUUGACCAAGGAGGAUAAGUUGGUGGAGGUUCAAGUUCAGAGUGAGAUGGAUGCAUGA